AUGCUCACACGAUUUGCUGCUCCUUUCCUCCCACCCGUUCAGUGGGCAGCAGAGGUGGAGCAUUUGGAGGAGGGAAAACCGGCAGGGUUGGACGCGUCGUUUGGCAUGCGGAGGCGGCCGGAUGGGGAUACUGAGAUUAGCGCGACGGACUGGGAGAGGCACUGGGCAGCAGCUGUGGAGCACUUAGAAGAGGGAAGACCAGCAGGAUCGGACGAGUCAUUUGGCAUGAGGAGGCGGCAGCAGCGGAGCGCAGAGACAAGAACUGCUGGUUCUGAAAGUGCCGAGUUUGGGAGCACUGAUUCUGGAGUGUCUGAGCGGGAGUUGAUGGGCAUGCGGAGGCGGCCGGAUGGGGAUAUAGAGAUCAGCAAGGAGGAGUGGGAGAGGCACGGAGAGUUCGUUGUGCCGAGCUGUGGAGCAUGUGGUGGUGUGCUGAAGCCCAAUGUUGUACUUUUUGGCGACAACCUUCCACCUGCCCGCAAUCAAGAAGCUGCCCGGAUGAUGUCAUCUGCCGACUCGCUAUUGGUCGUUGGCUCCUCGCUGAUGGUGCUCUCAGCUUUUAGGAUCGCAAGUCAAUGCAUGCAUGAAGGCACGGCGCUAGCACCGCUAGCUGUGGGGCCAAGCCGUGCUGAUAUGAUUCCGUGCUGCCCCUGCCACUACCCAUUCUGCCACCCGCUUCAUUCCCCCACCCGCUUCAUUCCCCCACCCGCUUCAUUCCCCCACCCUCCUCUCCCCUUACAGCCAAUGCGUGCAAGAAGGCAAGCCGCUAGCACUGCUAGCUGUGGGCCCUAA